AUGUUGCCCAAAGACUUUCAGUGGGGCUUUGCUACGGCUGCCUAUCAGAUCGAAGGCGCCAUCGACAAGGACGGCCGCGGUCCCAGCAUCUGGGACACCUUCUGCGCCAUCCCCGGCAAGAUUGCCGAUGGCACAUCCGGCGUCACGGCCUGCGACUCGUACAACCGCACUGCCGAGGAUAUUGCGCUUCUGAAAUCACUAGGAGCCAAGUCUUACCGCUUCUCCAUCUCUUGGUCUCGAAUUAUCCCCAAGGGCGGCCGCGAUGAUCCCGUCAACAAGGCAGGAAUCAACCACUAUGCGCAGUUUGUCGACGAUCUGCUGGAGGCGGGCAUCACCCCUUUCAUCACGCUUUUCCAUUGGGAUCUGCCCGAGGAGCUGCACCAACGAUAUGGCGGCUUGUUGAACCGCGAAGAGUUCCCGCUGGACUUUGAAAACUACGCUCGCAUCAUGUUCCAGUCACUGCCCAAGGUCAAGAACUGGAUCACUUUCAACGAGCCUCUUUGCUCCGCCAUCCCAGGUUACGGCUCGGGAACUUUUGCUCCAGGACGCCAGAGCACUUCAGAGCCCUGGACUGUUGGUCACAACAUCCUGGUUGCCCACGGCCGCGCUGUAAAGGCCUAUCGGGAGGAGUUCAAGACUACCGACGACAGCCAAAUUGGUAUCGUCCUCAAUGGCGACUUUACUUACCCUUGGGACUCUUCAGACCCUGCCGAUAGGGAGGCGGCUGAGCGCAGAUUGGAAUUCUUCACUGCGUGGUUUGCCGACCCCAUCUACCUGGGAGACUAUCCUGCAUCCAUGCGCAGACAGCUCGGAGAUCGACUGCCAACGUUUACCGCAGAAGAGAAGGCCUUUGUUCUGGGCUCCAAUGACUUCUACGGCAUGAACCACUACACAUCCAACUACAUCCGCCACCGCACCUCGCCCGCCACCGCUGACGACACCGUGGGCAACGUCGACUGCCUGUUCUACAACAAGCAGGGCCAGUGCAUCGGCCCAGAGACGCAAUCUCCGUGGCUGCGUCCUUGCCCGACCGGCUUCCGCGAUUUCCUCGUCUGGAUCAGCAAGCGGUACAACUACCCCCGGAUUUACGUGACAGAGAACGGCACCAGCAUCAAGGGCGAGAACGACCUGCCCAAGGAGAAGAUUCUGGAGGAUGAGUUCCGAGUCAAGUACUACAACGACUACAUCCGCGCCAUGGCUACGGCCGUGUCGCUGGACGGCGUAAAUGUGAAGGGAUAUUUCGCCUGGUCGCUGAUGGACAACUUUGAGUGGGCGGAUGGUUAUGUGACGAGGUUUGGAGUGACGUAUGUGGAUUAUGAGAACGGGCAGCAGAGGUUCCCCAAGAAGAGCGCAAAGAGCUUGAAGCCGUUGUUUGAUGAGCUGAUUGACAAAGAGUAA